AUGCGCGCCCUCACGGAAGAAGAGACGAAGACGUUGUUCGCCAAGUUGGCCAACUACACGGGUUCCAGCUUGAAGAACCUCAUUGCGCCGCUCUCAGACUCGCCUGACGCCGAUCGAUAUGUCUUCCGAGUGAAUAAGGACAGAGUCUAUUAUGUACUCCUCUCGAUUUCGAACCUCGCUACGUCAAUACAAAGGGAGCGCCUGUUAUCUUUGGGUACUUGUUUAGGCAAAUUCACAAAAACUGGGAAAUUCCGACUGCACAUAACCGCCCUCCCUAUUCUUGCCGAACAUGCAAGAUACAAGAUUUGGGUUAAGCCCAACGGUGAAAUGCCUUUCCUUUACGGCGGAAACGUUGUCAAGGCACAUGUUGGCCGAUGGAGCGAGGACUGCCCUGAACACCAAGGCGUGGUCGUGUAUUCCAUGAAUGACACCCCUUUGGGUUUCGGAGUGACGGCAAGGAGCACGGCAGAAUCAAGACGACUUGAUCCCACUGGUGUUGUGUGUUUUAGACAGGCGGACUGUGGAGAAUUCCUUCGGGAUGAAGAUACACUCUUUUCUGGUUGA